AUGGAAAACAAAGGAUAUAGUGCCAAUCUUCUUGAGCUAGAUAUAAGCGACGAUAAGCCAGCAGAGUCUUUAAAUGAAGAUGCAGAACAAGAAAGAAUCCACGAUUUCGAAGAAUACCUAAAAUACAGCAGCAAGACCCCAAGCACCAAAAAUUAUAAAUUAUGGGAAAUAGGGUAUUACAGGCCUUUUUUUGAUGUGGAUACAGCACUUGUAGUAGACCGAGUAAAGAAAUCGCUGCUUCCUUUCAACACUGCCCCGUUCUUUGACGACAAAUCUCCUGAUUUAUAUGGAUCUGUAUGAAUUGCAGCUACUUUGAUAUUUUUGCUCUGUGCUUUUGGGUAUAUAGAGACCUAUUUUGAAACUCAUAAAGUAGGAUAUCACAUUACUUAUACUUAAUUAAAGAGAUUAAAAGUUAUUUAAAUCAUUUUUUUAAUAAAACAAGAUCAAAUAGGGGAGGAGUUUUUAGUCUAUGUAGUAAAAUUUAUAUAUACUUACGGGCUGCAUUACAGUUUAUGGUAUUUUGGCAGUAAUUCCUAUAGCAAUUUAUUGUUUUUUUAAUUACUCUGGGAUAUUGAUGCCUUAUCUAAAUAUUUUGUCGAUUUAUGGAUAUUCGUCAAUUGGACAUUGUGUAGGACUUUUACUUUGUUUAUAUGGAGCACUGUGGUGAAGAAUAGUCGCAACUAUUUUGUCGUCGUUGUGGUGCUUUGGAUCAUUUUAUAUGCAUUUGAUUAAGGAGGUUUCAAUAGAAAAUAAUAUCAGAUAUAUAGUAGCAGGAAUUUAUUUAGCAGGAGAAAGCAUUUUAAUAUUGGUUACUAACAUAGUAUUCUUUUCAUAA